UAAAAAUUAGAAAACCAAGCAUUCCCGCCAAAUAAUGGGCUAGGGUUCCAGAUUGCCCCCAAAAAGAAGAUUUUGGUCCGCGUAGUUGUUCUUUGGCGAUUUCACAGAGAAAGAAAGAAAGUAGAUCCAUCCAGUGGAAGAUGGAGUAUGUGGAUAUGAUCGCGAUUGAAGACCAGCAGGACGAAGAAGAACAUGAAGAGGAAGAGGAAGAGGAAGAGGAAGAGGAAGAAAGUGAAGAGGCGGAGUGGAUUCCGUCGUCAUCUAGGGUUUCAGGGAAUGAUAAGAAGUCGUCUAAAGAGGUGGUUGUAUGUGGUGAUGAUGACUUCAAUCUUGACAUCGAAGGCUUGUGCUGUCCAAUUUGUACUGAACCAUGGACAACCGGUGGGCUGCAUCAAAUUUCUUGUCUUCCUUGUGGGCACAUAUAUGGCUUGUCAUGUAUAAAGAAGUGGAUUCAACAACGUUCAAGAUCUGCCAAGUGUCCUCAAUGCAACAAAAAGUGUACAAGGAAAGAUGUUAGAGUACUUUAUGCAGAGCAGCUUCACGUUGUUGAUGCAGAAGUACAAAAGCAAGUGCAGUCACUCGAAGCUAAAUGUGCUUCUCUUGAACAAAAGCAGAAUGCAGUCUGCUGCAAGAAAGAAGUUGAAGCCCAGAAAAGAGAAGCUGAUUUGCAUCUUAAAGUGGCGAAACUAACAGAGAAAACAAAAUACCUUGAGAGGCUGUUAAAAGAUAGACAAAGAGAGCCAUUCGCCAGUAAUCCAGGCUAUCAAAGAAGAGUGAUAAAUGGCAACGGGUCUGGAAAUGUAUUCUGUCCAGGAGCAUUCACACUACAAAGAGAGUUCCAGGUAGACGGAGGUCGAUAUUUUGACAUUGAUGCUUCUGGUCAACUUAUGAUAGUAGCUCGAAGACAAAACGGAACGGGAGGAACGAGUAUACUGUCAAAAAUAAGUUUGUUAGCUCCAAAUGAAAGAGAAGAUAUUCAUCUCCCUGCGUAUACAAAGGCUGUAAGGGCCCUUUGUGUUAGACCUUGUACCAGGCUUGCACUGGUUGCUUCCUUGGGGAAAAAGUUAUCAAUUGUCAGUACAGAAAGCAACAACACUGUUGUUACGUAUGAUUUGCCGGCUUCUGCUUGGUCAUGUUCCUGGGACGUUGACAGUCCAUAUCAUGUUUAUACAGGAUUACAGAAUGGCAUGGUUAUGUCUUUUGACACACGUCAAACGAAGGAACCCUUGGAAACCAGGAUUGGGCUGUCCUGCAAUCCCGUUCACACUUUGAUCUCUGUUGCGCCUGAUUCAUCAUCUGGUACAACAACCCUUCUCUCUGCCUCUCAAAUUGGUAUCUGUGAGUGGAACAUCGGUAGCAGUGAAGAAAGGCCAUAUUUGAUUCCUGAAUCGAAGAAUGAAGGACAAGUUUGUAUAUCUCUUGCACACUCGGGGGGUGAUGACAUUGUUGCUUCAUUCCGUCCAAAGAUUGAGACGUCGACUCAGAUCACCGUUUCUCAAUCUCCUUCCAUAUCUUGUGGAGUUGAGGGUUGUCAUGUAGUUUACAAGAGGGGUGGGGCCCGCAGUUAUCAGAAAACAGGCUCGUUAGUGGCCGAAGUCGAUAGCAUACGACUUCCAAAAUGCAGCAUUAUCAACAAACCUAACCAUAGUCCCAUGUUUGUUGCUGCAAAUGAGGUAACCUCUGACUUGGUGUUGCAUGACUUAUCCAAGAUGGCUGUAGUUCAGCGCCUUAAAACUCCAAAGAACCAGAUCUCGGAUGUCAAGUGCACACAGAUAUGGAACUCGUCUGUAAUGGGCUGUUUGAGUGGGGAUGUGGUGCAGCUGUUUACUUCUUCACCCUAACGUUAUUGUUUAAUUUCUUUUGCUUUUUGUUUAUUUAGGUUUUAUACUUGUAAAGAAAAUAAGCUAGUUGAAAAUAUGUCGUGUUUGGGUUAA